GAGACCUCAUAAUAAAUCUUUGUCACAAGCAGAUAAAUUACGCGUAUAUUUUAAAAAUUCCCUGCUUACUAUAUUGGUGAAGCAUAUCCUAGAAUAUGCCUAGAUUGAGAUCACCUACCAACAAAUCACAGCGCGUUCCAAUCGAUGCUCCAUCCACAUCAACGAACGAUUCUGAGACUACAAAGAAGAGAAAGAGAAUCAAUAAUAACAAAAAACCGAAAGUGAACAGACAUAAUAAUGCAAAGCACAAAAAAAUAUCAGUCGAGAAUAAUGUGAUAAAAAUAACCCUAAAGCUGGUUUUUCCGGAGGUCGAAAAGAAGAAAUGGAGGAAAAGAGGAUUCGAGUUCGUCCACAGUUGUGGUACCACCGAAACAUUCGGAGGUCUCGGAAGAUUCAUACAACAAAAGGAGAAAAAAGACGUAUAUUGGCAAGAUGAAAAGGGCAAAAAAUUUGACAAUGAUAAAUCACUGAAAGAAGCUGAAAUUAACAAUGGUGAUACAGUUUAUGCUGUGGAAAUACCUGAGAAAGUCCCACCAACCCCCGAGAGAUCACGUUCUUCCGAUUCCAUCAAAAGCAAUAUUUCUGAUAUAUAAACAUUUUACAUCAAAAUGAUUCUGCUACAUUACAACAUAACUAUAUACAUAUAACAAAAUGUGAGUGUACAUGUGCUACGUCAUGUGACAAUUAAACGGAAAUAACUCCAUGGUUAACGCGUCUUAUAUACAUUCAUUCGGAUAUUUUGUUAUGCUUCAUAUAGCAUAAUUUCAGGAAAUAUAAACCAGAUCGAGACUUUCCGUUGGUCACCCCUAUUACGAGAUUGCACGCCAGCUUAUAAACGUUGAGAUAAUGAAGGAGUUCGAACUCGGCGGUUAGCGCAUCUAAUUAGGCGUUAGAAAUACGAUUUCAUGAUUCUCUGAUCACGCUGUGCAGGUUCGCAUCCCUUUAAGGCAGGGGUCGGCAACCUACGGCCCGCGGAGUAAUAUAAGCCGACCCGCGCGCUUCCCUGAAUUAAAGUAACAAAAUAGCUGUUUUGACGAUUAUAUUCUUUACGUUUACAGAAUUUAUUGUGAGACACGUGUAGACCAAAUUAUAAUAUAAUCUACCAUGUAUGAAAUACACAAUUACUCGUUUAAUGAGCCUAUAAUUUAAUUAUAAUUGGACAAAUGGCAACAAAACACAGAAAAGUUGAUGAUGACAGGUGCAAAGGGCUCAAUGACGCGGAAUUUUUUGAGAUGCAAUGAGGAAAUAAAUCUAUAUUCUAUUCGAGAGAUGUAUCACUGCUGGAUUUUUAUUAUAAAAAGAAUAAUCCGUUCGGUUACCACCGUUUUAAAAAUAUGUGCGUCCCGACAAUGACUUGCAUCCUUUAAUUUUGGCCCGCGAGCGAUAAAAGGUUGCCUACCCCUGCCUUAAGGGAUAAUCAUGUGCGAAGGGAUUGUUGUACUCCUCGUCGUCGAAAGGUGGUUCACCUAAUCGCUGGUCGGGUAUGGCUUUCUCCACCAUCUGAAACAAAUAACUAUUAUUAUCAUACCCGACAAUGAGUGGC